UUCUUUCGAUAAUCUGCUUCAAACUGAGAGAACACCGAACUGGGAAACUUGUUGUAUACUUUCCCCCCCGUUGUUUUUCUUCUUUCACGUCUCUGCCACGAUUAUUUCGCACCGUUUGUAAUAUAUGUUUUUAUCAGUGUCGGAAGUCUCGAGUACGAUAGUACCUUUGUAAAAUACUGAACGUGGUAACUGGCACGCUUUUCAUUCGAAUCGUAUUGAUAAACGGCGGAAGGAUUGAUUCAACAGUAUUUCUGUAAACGCAUUUUUAACGGCGUCCUGUUCUACGUUUACGUUCAAAUCGAAAUCUAUACAUUUAUUUUCAUUUUUUUCCCUUCACCUUGAUCAUGAUUCUCUUGCCACCUGCCAGUAUCUAUGUACAAUUUAUUAUUUGUUGUAGAAAUACACCUAGAGUCUAUUAUUGUUCGUGAUUGCGUUUUAGAUGUGACACUGUCGCCAAUAUCCUCUUGUUUUAGUUUGGUGUAGGCAGUCUUGAUAUUUAGUAAUCGUCAUGUUCUUUUGAAGCAACCAGGUUAAACAAUGUAGGAAGAUAUUCUACCUUGCUUAAUUCUACAAGUUCCAUGGAAAAUUAUAACGAUCGGUUGCUAAAUGCAAGCAUAUUUAUAGCAUUUGUUCGUACGUUGUGAUGUGUAGUGUGUUCAGACCCAACCAAGAUUGAUUUGUGUGUAUUGUACACGUUAGUAGUUACGUGGAACUGGUGAUUGCCAUGGUGAUACUAAUGCCGAACUAUAAUCUAGUGGCAAAUUAUCGAACAGAAAAAAGAAAGGCUCGAUGAAAUGGAUAAUAUAAGGCACACAUGCUCUGGGAAUUGAUGGGUGUAUGCUUUUCCUGCAGGAGACCUACAGGCAGCAGGCUAAAUAAUAAAAUCUCAGAGCAUAUCUCAGCACCAGUAACAUCCCUCCAUGUUUGUCUGGAGGAACAAAGAGGACCAGAACUGGGCUCUUGUGACGCCUCGGCUCGUAAGCCACAGGCUAAAAAAUUAUUUGAAAAGCAGGAAGUACAAAAAAGGUGUAGUGAAGAAGAAGCGGAGACUGAAUUCUUUAGACUCGAGGCAGAAGAUUUGAAACAGAGUCAUUCGAGCAUGGCAAAUACUAUUAGUAAUAUGAAGAUGACCAACCGCAUCAAAGGACUUGUCAGCAAACGUCGUAAACGGUUUACAGAGGAUGGUUUUGAUCUUGAUCUCACAUAUAUCAGGGAUAACUUGAUUGCAAUGGGUUUCCCUGCUGAAAAAUUAGAAGGGGUCUAUAGAAAUCACAUCGACGAUGUUGUUAAAUUGCUGGAAUAUAGACACAAAGAUCAUUAUAAAAUUUACAAUCUCUGUUCGGAAAGGUCGUACGACUGUAAGAAGUUCAAACAACGGGUAGCUACUUACGCAUUCGAUGAUCAUAAUCCACCGAUGUUGGAUCAAAUAAAACCGUUCUGCGAAGAUGUGCACCAAUGGCUUUCCGAGCACCAAGAAAACGUAGCUGUAGUUCACUGUAAAGCAGGCAAAGGUCGAACAGGCGUCAUGGUUUGUUGUUACCUUCUUCACACCAAACAAUUUCCCACAGCCACAGAAGCUCUUAAUUAUUAUGGAACUAUAAGGACGCACGAUAGGAAGGGGGUAACGAUACCUUCUCAGAGAAGGUACGUCGAUUAUUAUGCCACUCUUGUUAAGGAGGGAUUGAAUUAUCAACCGGUUAAAUUGUUGUUGCGGAAGAUAGAACUAGAUCCAGCGCCUAUAUUUCACGGAGGUCAGGGAUAUUUGCAUUGCGUAAUAUCCGAGUCGAAGAAGAGGAUAUUUAGUUCUGACAUAGUAGAAGUACGAAAAGGAAUAGCGACUGUCUGUAUCCCCUUGAAGCAUAGCGUCGCGUUGACGGGGGACAUACGAGUAGAUUUUUUUAAUAGGCCAAAAAUGAAGCGAAAGGAGAAAUUGUUUCAUUUCUGGUUCAAUACGUUCUUUGUGCGCGACUGCUUCACACCGGAAUACGAUAACGGAGAGUUACCGAUCGAUCGAUCGACAAGGGCAUUGAGCUGCGACGGUACAACCAUGGAAUUGCCGAUGGUGAUGUCGCAUAUGAAGCCUAGAGCAGGAUCACUGGCUAGCCUCGGACCUAUGCCACCUACGUUGUUUCUGAGCAUAGACAAAUGGGGCUUGGACGACGCACACAAGGACAAACAUCACAAAGCGUACAGUGCGGACUUUAAGGUUAGCUUAUUUAUGCAGCGAGUGGGCGGUAGUAUGUCGCAAACUGUGCCAGCAACGGCAAACAGAACCGGGGAGGGUAUACAAAUAGGGAUGGGAGGACAAGAAACUCCCAGCGAGUCGAGCGAAGCGGACAGCAGUGAAUGCGACACGACCGGGGAUACGACCGGAGAUGAAGAUGGGGAAUCUGGUGAGUCCUCUGCAUCUCUGGUGAUGAAUCACCAUCCCCUUACACAUAGCAGUAGCCGUACACACGUUAGUACCCACCAAAGAGCUAGUCUCAGAGAAACUGCAAAAGGUUUGCUCCCGCGAGGGGAGAAAAGUAGAAGUAGUCACCGACAGAGCACUAGUAACGUCAAAUGUUCUUCGGCACUCGUACGUUCAGCUACUUUAGACACAUAGUGAAUAGCAACUUAUUACGUAUGUAUGUAUGUAUGUAUGUAUGUAUGUAUGUAUGUAUGUAUCUAAGUAUGUAUGUAUGUAUAUAUACACACGUUUCGUUUAAAAGCUUUGUACUUAACAGUUACUUUCAGUUCUCUGAACUGGCAUUCAAGCUUUACCAAGUUCACAACAAACGAUGGAAUCCACUUUGUACUAUUUAGCUUUUUUGUUUAUGCCAGCAUGAAAUGCCAAGUAUACGACCACUUGAUACGCAUCGAUUUUACAUGAAAUCGUUCAGUACACCGAACAACGUUGUAGCCCGUGGAUCGAUACGGAUCGAUGUCGCUCGAGGAACUAGCUCUUUUUCUCAAACGAAAAUCCAGCGUCGAUCGGGGCGAAUCUUUCGGUGGAUGCUUUCGCGUCCCCUUUGACGGGACGGUUUCCGGUCCCGAGAGAUUUCACAAAUUGUAUAUACCGUGGCGCGAGGGACGGCCGAGGACACACGGCUCUCGCCCCACGUUUUCUGUCCAACAGGAAAUUUUUCGAAUACACAUACACGGUCGAGAUCGGGUCGAUUGGUUUUAACUCGAAGGGCGUCGACCUAAAGGCUCGCACACGGCCCACACAUUUUCGUAUUGACGCGUCAUAUCUCGCGAUUAAAGAUUCCAUUCAAUGUUCCGAACGAAACAGACGGCCGAGAACCGCGGUCCAGCCGAGACAUUGCAUGUUUCUUUAGUAGCGUGUGUUGCCAGAAGUUUAUUUAUUCUUUGCUAAACGAUAAGUACGCUAGAAUUCAACUGCUUACGAGUUUCGUACGGAAGUUAAUUCGGGCAACGACUAGACACGUAAUCUUUACUUUUUACGGUUUAUUUACUUCUCGGUAGAAUCUUCCAAGUAUUUCGCAUCGUUGAUCGUUCAGCGUUCAAUUGUCCGUAACCGAGCAGUCGAAAAACGUUGUACACGUUAAACGAUAUUAGAUAAGGGAGUUAUUUAGCAGAGAUCGAGGAUGUAUCGAGUUUUGCGGAAACGCAAUUUUAUACUAUUAAUGACGUACUAUGUACGAGCUAAGUAUUCGGUUUGGAAGUUAUGCGAGCAAACAACCAGUCUGCGGAAACCGACGCGAUCAUUUUUGUUAGAGCUACCGUGCUCGAUCGCGCCAGCGAAUAGAGAAGACAAAACACAAGUCGAGCGUAUGCUAUUAUAUUCCGAUCAUUCAUUCGUUCAUUCGUUCACACGUUCAUUCGUUCAUUUCGGAAACGCCGGAGCUGACUUCCGCGGUUAUUCGACGACGUGUCCACGAACGGUCGUCGUCGACGAACCUUGUGAGAUAAAUAAUGUUCACGUGCGCAGAAAAUUUCAUUGUUCCCCCGAUCGUCCCCACGGAAGUCGCGGUGAAAUAUUAGCAGGCUGUGCAAUUUUCGAAUCUUUUUAUUCCCCGAUGUGUCCGUUCCAUUGUGAUUACUUUCUUUUUGUACGGUCGUCAAAGGUGCAGUUCGUUUCGAAUAAAACUAUCGCGUCGCGAAAAAAAAAGAGAAAGAAAAACAAAUUGUCGAUGAUCGCGAGCGAACACGCAAGCUAGAUCUUUCCCCCCUCGUUAUUCUCUCCAAGUUUCCUCCGUCGGAAUUUUCCUAGAUAAGAACGCGGAAACCGCGCCGACCGACCGAAUUUCCACGGACCGCACGCGCGCGCGCGCGGACGGAGAUCGUCGCCGUAAAAUUCCGUUUUAAAGAAGCGGUCUUAAAACUGACAUUUUUCGGUUCCCAAACGAUCGAAACGCGAUUGUACGCGUGUCGCAGUCCGUGGAAAUCGGUCUCGGAGCGGAUCUCGUCUCGAAGAAGCUUUUCUUUUGUUCAUCGGUUCGCCGUUUCUCCGACAGUAUUUAUUGCGUAUCUUUGCACGCGUGCGACUACCAAAUCUUUCUUUUCUGUACGCGGACAUCGCGUGUCGCGACGAAGUUCUCAUCGCGAUCGGACAGUUGUGUCCGUCUUUCGUAUCACAUAUUCUGUCGCAUCCCCGAGCGAGCACACACCGAUCCGCAUUUUUAUAUUCGCCGUUAUAAAUCCCCCUCCCCCUCCCCACCUAGCUUCACAAAAUUUCCGAAUCUUCGGCGGGGACGUUCCUGCUGUCGGAGGACUUUCAUAGGAUAUUUAAAGAUUAGCGCGAGAGAAGAAUCGGACACGAUGCUUGUCGUUCUUUUUUUCUUUUUUUUUUUGUAAAUACACGGCGAACGUCGAUACCGCGUUAAAACGACUGGAUACGAGUCGUUUAUUUUGAAAGUGGCAUAAGUCACUUUUUCAAAAAAAUCGAGUUAAUGGUAACACUAAUUACAAUUGAACGGUAUCUUUUCAUUUAAAAAAAAAAGUGACUUAUGCUACUUUAAAAAUAAACGGCUCAUAUUAUACCGGUGUCUUGUUUUCGCGCGUACUCGUCGGAAACCGUGUCGCGUGGCUUCAGUUCCGUCUCGAAUCUUUUUACCUUCAUUUUAGAAUCGCGCGUAGCGUUUGUACCACGUGCUCGCAAUAGUUUUCCUCGUUUCCAACGAACAGUGCACGCGUAUGGUGAACCGCAAAACGAGCGUACCCCAACCCUCUCGCCCCCUUUAUCUGGUUGAUGAUAAAGACAAUACGAACCA